UGACAACGCUGAUCCCUUAUGGCCUAAUGGUGAUGUUUAGGUCCAUGUGAUUGCCUCGCCUCCCCAUCUGGUGCGUGCUGGCCGCCGUCUGGGACCCCUCGAGUACUUCCCUCCCUCUGUGUCACGAUGGCCGACCUCGACAGUUUCUUUGCGCGUAAGGAUAAAAAGAAAGUGAAGGGCAGGAAGUUCACCACCACCGAUGAAAUAGCUCGCCGUCUAGAGGAGACUGAGAAGAAACUUGAGCAACAGCAGCAGCAGGGAGUGAAGGCCAAGGUGGAGCCCCUGGUCAAGAAGCAGCCGCAGGAACAGCAGGAGGAGAGCACCACGGAGGAGUACCCGGUGCCUGAAGAUAACCCUCCGAAGGAAGAAGAAGAAUGGAAUGAUUUCAAAGAUGAAGCUGACAAGGAUAUGACAGAUUUGAAAAUCACAAAGUUGCAAAUAGAAGAUGAAGAGGAAGGUGGAGGAGGCUCAGCAGAUGAUGAUGGUGAGAAGGGGGACCAUGGGGACAAAAAGGAUGGAGUAUGGAAGACAGAACAAGCACCGCCACCUCCUCCAGCUCCUGUGAGUGUUCCAGUACCUGAGCCUGAAGAGAAGACCCGACAGUCACAGCUGAAUACUCCUUCUUCUUAUGUGCCACCCCAUAUGCGCAAUAUGUCCGCAUCACCUUUACCAAAGUCCACCCCGAGACGUAAUAGAACAGCUCCAGACAUCAACAAUGAAAUGGCAUUCCCAUCUCUGUCUGAUGCCCAGGCGGCCAAUCCAAUGGGAGCAUGGGGAAAGAAGAAGAUGGGCAAUGAAGGCUUUGAGAGUGUGAGGCAUGGCUCUACACGCAACUAUCAAGAAGACUAUGCAGCUCCCAAACUUAGUACAGCCAACCGUUUUGAUGCUCUUAGUGAUAACAGCUGAGGUGAUGGACUAUUAGAGGACGUGAUAAUAAUGUAUGCUUCUUUUAAGGCUAGCAAAAAUAAAAUGUCAAUUUUA